AUGCCACGCGCGUACUACAAACCGUUCACGGCCUACGAGGAGGCCUUCGGCUUUCACGCGACGCGCCGCAACGCCUACAUCAUGUGCUCCGUGUUCUUUGGCGGUCUCUUGCUCAAGGUCAUGCUGCUGCUGAAGUACAGCUCCGUCGCGAAUCCGAAUUGGACCUCGCCACUGGAGGACGAUCCACGGUAUCAAGAGCUGAUGGAGCGGCGUCUAGCGCUGACUGAGGACUUAUCGACGCAGGAGUCGAUGAAGAGGGCGAUGCGCGCUAGGCGCUCGGCACCACCCGCGUAG